CAGGAGGGGGGUUCUAUCUGUUCAGCGUUAUCUUAAUUUCUCCAGAGAAGUAACAGACUGUACCACGAUGCAGAAAGCCUUUAUUUUUAUACUGUUUAUGUGGAAUUCAUCCACUGCCACCUCACAAGAUGUCGUACAUCUCCGUCGAUUCUCACUUGGAUGUGAAGCAGUGAUCCCUUGUCAGAAUAACAGAGUUUAUGUAAAUCGUGUUAAGUGGUUGUAUAAAAGACAAAUGCGUGGUGAAGAAAAAACAAUAUUAGUUAUAGACAAGGGAGGAUUACUGAGCCACGGUGAUGCCUUCCGCCAUCAACUAAGAGUUGGAUCCAGGGCAUCCUUGAUCAUUGACUCUUUUACAGAGGACUAUGAAGGCCUGUACUGGUGUGUACCUGUAAAUUGUGACCCAUACAACUGCAGGACUGACAUGUUCAGAAUCAUCAGAGUAAAGAAAGAAAUUCUGAAUGAAACGUUUAAGACAGUACACGUGUCUGCAGGAGACACUUUUGCAUAUAAGUGUCCUGGUAAAUUUCCAAACACAAGAUGGACUUUUGAAGCAAGAAACAAACCAUCCUUUAGUAGCCUACGAGAAGUGACUUCAAACAAGUCUAUACAUAUUGUAAAUGUCACAACAAAAGAUGCUGGAAAAUAUACCUGUUCUGUGAGUAAAUGUAACAGACCCUUUGUGAAGCUUCUAACUGUAACGCUGUGUGUAACAGAGCGCCAGUGCAAGAAUUUAUCAGAUUCUUGUCCAGUUUGUGAUUCGAUAUUAAAUAACACCGAGCUACACAACGUGACAAAUGAACAUUCGUGUGGAUCAUUAAAUUGCAGCUCAGAUCAAAGUACGGACUUCACAUCACACACUUCAAACAACUCACCAGCUUCACAUGAACAUCAAAUGACAAUUAUUUAUGCCACACUGGGAGCCUUUGUGUGUCUCAUCUUUAUGGCACUCAUAAGUUACUACCUCAGAUUGAAAUUACGGGCAGCACGUCGGCGUUGCCCUUCUUGCUUUGGCAUUGAUGUGGAAGAGGAGGCAUCAGUGGUUUAUUCUUCCAUUAUUAUCAGGAGACCUGCACCGACGACAAACAACCACAUACCUACAUGUACACAGGAGGAUUGUGUGUAUAGUGAACUAAAAUCAUUUCAGUAGUUUUAAUGCAUUUUUAUUUGUCAUAUAAUAUAACAUAAUGAGGAAGAAGUAUUGUGACAUCAUGUGAUAAAAGCCCUAUAUACAAAAAAUAUAUAUUUUUGUACCUGUCCUUCUUGAAAAUAAAUAAGAUAUUGCAGAAAUACAACUCCAGUACUUUGAAUUGAUAUUCUAUCUUCUGAUCAACUACAUUUUUUUGUUCCACCUCUAAUCCAUU